AUAGACGGGAGCACCGCUGGCACCCGUGAACUGAACGAUAGCCUUCUCGCCCUCGGGGAGAACAGCCGCAUCCUCGAAGUUAAUGGCGAUGACGGGAGUAGGGCGAGCCUCGUUAAUGGAGGUAGCAACCAGGAGGACUGGAAGCAAAGAGGCCUGGUUGGCCUUAGUGGCCAGGCUAAGCUUGAACUGCGACAUCUUUCCAAAUACCCAAAACCCCAGGAAAAUGGAUCAAUUGCCCCAGGAAAAGAUGGUAUAGAAAGGUGGGAUGGAGAUAAUUUACUGCCGGGAGGGGCAGUUUUGACUCAAUGGGCUCCGCCGGCGGUAAGUUUCUCCGCGGGCGAUGGUCGGCCGGAGCCUCUAGAUUUCGGACCAGAAAACAUUCCCGGCGCUGUCAAGCUCAUUCGGAGUUCAUCACCAUGGCUUCCUCCUACAGCUCCCUCAUGCCCUCUGCGGCACGGGGAAUCUUGUCGUCAUGUCGUCCUGUUCUUCGCCCGAGCCCAAUUGCGCCUAUUUUGCCCAGCUUGCAGCAGGUGCGCACCGCUGCCCAGGCGCGCAAGGUGAAGGGAGGAGACAAGACCAGCAAGAGAAAGAAGGGUCCGAGAGAGUUCAAGCAGAAGGAUCUCAAGGAUAUGCAACAAUUUGCGCUAUGUGAUGCCAUGAGAUAUCUCCGUGCAUUCGAAGUUGGCCGCGAGCCAACCAAUUCCAAAUACGAGGUCCACGUCCGCCUGAAGACGAGGAGGGACGGUCCCGUCAUUCGCAACAUGCUCCGAUUCCCCCAUUCAGUCCAGACCGAGUCCCGAAUCUGCGUCGUGUGCCCUCCCGGAACCCGCCAUGAGAAGGAAGCUCGUGCGGCUGGAGCAGUCAUUGUGGGUGAGCAGGAGGUUUUUGAUGCCGUGAAAGCCGGCAAGAUCGAGUUUGACCGCUGCCUCUGCCACCCGGAUAGUUUGGAUGCAUUGAACAAGGCUGGCCUGGGUCGGAUCCUCGGUCCCAGGGGCCUGAUGCCCAGCGUCAAGACGGGUACUGUGGUCGAAGAUAUCGCCGUGCGUGUGGAGAUGCUGCGUGGUGGUACCAUUUACCGUGAGCGUGACGCCGUCAUUCGUGUCCCCGUUGGACAGCUCGGUUUCACCCCGGAGCAAUUGCGUGACAACCUGCGCGCAACGAUCGACCAGAUCAAGAAGGAUGCGGCCGGUCUUAACGACCGCAUAACCAAGGAGGUGUACGAAGUGGUCCUGAGCUCGACCAACGGUCCCGGCUUCAGUCUGAACGGAGAAUUCAGGUCGGAGACUUCUCCCGAAUCUGCUGCUUUGCAGGGCGUGUAAAAUAGUCUAGCGUCUUCAAGUUCAUGGGUGUACAGAAUAUGUUUCAUUAGGAAGGUUACGGUGUAUAAUGGUAUUUUUUCAAAUCUCAC